CUGGAGCUCCCUAGUUGGGAUGCUGCCCCCGCGACCCAGACCCGGAUAAGCGGAGGAAGACGACGACGAUUUCAUUCAGCACAGUGGAUUAACCUGGUUCAGUUGCUGAGCAGAACAAAAACAGGACAUGGAGAUGACUUGAUGAUGCCACAAUGUCACACCUCUGAGUGGCCAUGGAUGACCUGACCAAGGCCCUCUCGGCCAGCUUUGCUGUGUCCAAGGAGCCCAACAGCACGGCCGCCCCCCACCCUCGGCUGGCUCAGUACAAGAGCAAGUACAGCGUGCUGGAGCAGAAUGAGCGCAGGCGCCGCUUUCUCGACCUGCAGAAAAGCAAAAGAUUGAAUUAUGUCAAUCAUGCACGGCACUUGGCUGAUGGGAACUGGACAGGGGCAGACAGUGAUGAGGGAGAAGACCUGGACAAACAGGAGGAUAGCCAACAAGGACAAGAUAACGAAACAGAACUGGAGGGGAUGGAGUUGGAGAGGAGGAAGCUGCCCAAACAUUAUGCAAACCAGCUCAUGCUGUCAGAGUGGUUGGUGGAUGUUCCUGCAGAGCUCCACACUGACUGGCUAAUGGUGGUCUGUCCUGUUGGGAAAAGAUCCCUCAUUGUUGCCUCUAAGGGCUCCACUGCAGCGUAUACUAAGAGUGGCUAUUGUGUGAACCGCUUCCCAUCCCUGCUGCCUGGUGGGAACAGACACAACUCUGCCAUGGGAAAAGACUACACCAUUCUGGAUUGCAUCUUCAGUGAGGUGGACAGAACCUACUACAUUCUGGAUGUCAUGUGCUGGAGAGGCCACCCAGUCUACGACUGCCCUACGGAGUUCCGGUUUUACUGGCUCCAGUCCAAGGUGCAGGAGACAGAUGGCCUGUCUGAGGUCGCCAAGCGUAACCCUUUCCGGUUUGUGAGUCUUCAGAGUUUAGACUGCUCCUGUGCAUCUAUCCAGAAGGCCCUGGCAGCAGAGUACAGCUUCAGCGUCGAUGGGCUUCUCUUCUACCACCGGCAGACCCACUACACCCCUGGCAGCACCCCUCUGGUGGGCUGGCUCCGCCCCUACAUGGUCUCAGACAUUCUGGGUAUGGAGGUUCCUGUGGGAACUCUCACCACUAAACCUGAGUACGCCGGGCAGCAGUUGCAGGAGAUCCUGGAACACAAACAACCAUCGGCCGAGGUCCGGCCUGCCAACCGCAGUGGAGGCUAUGAGCUGGAGCAUCUGUCCACUCCGAGCCAGAACACCCAGGACACUUUAAGUUUCUUGAACCACAAGCCAAUCCAAGAGGCAAACAUGGAAACCUGACAGUGAGAAGAGCCACCCUUCCAGCUGAUGGAUUUUUACAGUUUCUUGUUGCUUCUCAAGUGUUUUAAAAGUCAGUUUCUUAUUAAAGGUUUUUUUCUGUG